AAUAAAAAAUAAAAAAAAUGAAAAAUUUAACCAUUGAUGUAAAUUAAUUAGAUCUAACCGUACAUAUCAACUUUUUCAUGGCGAGAGAUAUAGCCUAAACUUAUAAAAAUAUAUGAAAAAAAUUACUCUUUUCUUUCAAACAACUAAAACUUUUGUCUUUUUCUCACACUUCUUGAUUAUGGGACAAUCAUUGUAGGAAAAUCUAGCAUCAUUGUAAAUGUAUAACUUGCUCUUUUGAAAAUGUAGGCCAUCAAUAUAGAAAACAAGGGAAACAACGAAUUAUUAUGAUUCUUAGUUUAUCACUGAAAGAUGAAUAAGCUGCCAUGUCAUUUAUCCUUCACAUUGUGGCAUGUUCCCAAAUCAUUAGGCAAUGUUAUUUCAAUCAGGUUAACAUCCACCACCACUCUUCACAUGGAACUGAAACGCUGCAAUUUCCUCAUCUCCAGUCUCAUUCGGGAAGGCAAAAUCGACGACGCACGCAAGGUGUUCGACGAAAUGCCUGAACGGAACAUUGGUCUGUGGACCACAAUGAUAAGUGGCUACAUAAAGUGUGGCAUGAUCAGGGAAGCCAGGAAGCUGUUUGAUAGAUUGGAUGCCAAGAAAAACGUGGUCACUUGGACAGCCAUGGUUAGUGGGCACAUCAGGUUCAAUCAAGUUAAGGAAGCUGAGAGGUUGUUUUAUGAGAUGCCAAUGAGGAAUGUUGUGUCCUGGAACACAAUGAUUUAUGGGUAUGCAAGGAAUGGCCUAACCCAGCAGGCUUUGGACCUGUUCAGGAGAAUGCCAGAGAGGAAUGUGUUUUCUUGGAAUACCAUCAUCACUGCAUUGGUGCAGUGUGGGAGGAUUGAGGAUGCACAGAGGCUUUUUGAUCAAAUGAAGGAAAGGGAUGUGAUUUCAUGGACUACCAUGGUUGCGGGUUUGUCGAGAAAUGGGAGACUUGAGGAUGCUCGAGCACUCUUUGAUCAGAUGCCUGUUCGGAAUGUGGUUUCUUGGAAUGCAAUGAUCACGGGUUAUGCGCAAAACAGGAGGUUGGAUGAGGCUUUGGAGUUGUUUCAGAGAAUGCCGGAGAGGGACAUGUCUUCGUGGAAUACUAUGAUUACGGGUUUCAUUCAGAAUAUGGAGUUAAAUCACGCAGAGAAGUUGUUUGGUGAAAUGCAAGAGAAGAAUGUCAUUACUUGGACUGCAAUGAUGACUGGGUAUGUGCAACAUGGGCUAAGUGAAGAAGCACUGAAGGUAUUUAACAAAAUGCUGGCUAACGAUCGGUUAAAACCCAACACUGGAACUUUUGUGACUGUGUUAGGGGCUUGUAGUGACUUAGCUGGUCUUACCGAGGGACAACAAAUUCAUCAAAUGAUAUGUAAAACAGUUUUCCAGGAUAGCACAUAUGUGGUAUCAGCGCUGAUAAAUAUGUACUCGAAAUGUGGUGAGUUGCAUACUGCUAGGAAGAUGUUUGAUGAUGGUUUAUUGAGCCAGAGGGAUUUGAUAUCUUGGAAUGGUAUGAUUGCCGCCUAUGCACACCAUGGGUAUGGCAGGGAGGCAAUUAAUCUAUUUAAUGAAAUGCAAGAAUUAGGUGUCCGUGCUAAUGAUGUCACCUUUGUUGGACUUCUCACGGCUUGCAGUCACACUGGUUUAGUUGAGGAGGGGCUUAAAUAUUUUAAUGAGAUUCUGAAAAACAGAUCUAUACAACUCAGAGAAGAUCACUAUACAUGUUUGAUUGAUCUAUGUGGUCGUACAGGAAGGCUGAAAGAAGCUUUCAAUAUCAUUGAGGGGCUUGGGGACAAGGCAUCAUUGACUGUGUGGAGUGCGCUCCUGGCUGGGUGUAAUAUGCAUGGAAAUGCUGAUACUGGGAAGCAUGUAGCCGAGAAAAUUUUAAAAAUUGAACCUGAGAAUGCUGGCACCUAUUCAUUGCUUUCAAAUAUGUAUGCAUCAGUUGGGAAAUGGAAAGAAGCAGCGAUUGUUAGGAAGAAAAUGCAGCACAAGGGAUUAAAGAAGCCGCCAGGUUGUAGUUGGAUUGAAGUUGGCAAUGCAGUGCAAGUAUUUGUAGUCGGUGAUAAAUCACAUUCUCAAUAUGAGCUGCUGGGGCUUUUACUUAUUGAUAUACAUACAAAAAUGAAGGCCGGGGACAUGCCAGAUGAUGAUUUAUUAGUGUGGAAUUUUAGUAGUAUAAGUCUGUGUUGAUUAGUCAAAGCUUGGAUUAUGCAGUGGAGUUGAAAUGUGGGUAGUUGAUUUUGACUGGUACUGGUACAUCACACUUUUAACUUUCUGAGACUUAAUUCGUAAGUUGGUCUCCUUCCUCCUCCAAAACACACCAACAUUUAAAGUUCUAAAAUGUUAUUUAAAUUACCUAAGAAAGAAAGAUUUAUCUUAUGUUCACUGAGAUCUUAUUCAGGUGCUCAAUCACUUUUCGAAAAUUAUAAGAGCAACUGGCUUCGGUUGAUGAAAUGAGGAGUCCAUUAUCUUGUGUAAGGACAGGGAAAGAUUGGUUAAGUUGAAGGGGCUUCACCGGGAUCUGAACACUUGGAAUCAAGCACUUGUUCAUUUUUCAUAAAUUGAUUUGUCCAAACAAUUUCCCUCGGAUGUUUGUUGAAAUGGCAAUGCUCAAUUGAGUGAUAUAGCAAGGUAGAAUUAGAUUGACUCUGGGAUCUCUUACAUUGGUUGUUUUUAAAAUCAUAAAUGUAAAUAUUUGACUAUUGGAUUGAGACCGUACAAUUUGUUGGAAAAUUAUUCCAUAAUUUAAAAUUUAGUUAAUUAUUUAUUUAUUU